GGGUUUUAUUAGGGUUUUAGAUUUGGCCUAAAAACCACUGUUCACUACUGGAUAUUUGCACUGUCUUCACUCACUUCACUUACCUAUCUCUUUUCUUCAUGUAUUCUAAAAUGGAAUUUGUUUACUAAAACUUAGCGUUUCAUAUAGUAAAAAAGGAAAAAUGGAUGAUUUGAUCGAUGACGAUUUUGGCGACAUAUACGCAGACGUCGAAGUUCAGGUGAAAUCUGUGUUAUCAUCAAACUUCAAUGAUGACACUGCCACAGAACUUAACCCUAAUAAUCUCAAGUCAGAUUCGAAACAAUUGAAUUCAAUCUGUGAUGAGAAAUCGUGCAGUUCAGAGGAAGACAAUGAGAGCGAUAGCGAUGAUGAUGAUUUCAAUAUAGUAUUGAAUGAUGAUGAUGAUUGUGAAGAUUUUAAAGUUGUUAAUGCAGAGAGGAAAAUUAAUCAGGAUUUUAUUGAUCAGGACGAGGACGAGGAUCCGUGCAAGCAUGUAAAACCAUAUGGAUCAUCAUUUCCAAGUAAUAAGAAAGUCAAUGAUUCUGUGAGCGUCAAGUCUUGUUCUUCUAUAUAUUCUAGAGGUAAUUGGGAAGAUGAUAGGUACAAGCUACAUGAGGUCUCAAGCACAGGUCCGGCUGCUAGUGUUCAUGCGGCAGGCAGUUCAGUAGGAUCUCAUGGUGGAUAUUGUUACUCACUUCCAUGGUAUAGGACUAUCCUAGAUGUUGAUAUUGAUGCAUUUGAAGAGAAAAGAUGGCGAUGCCCUGGAGUAGAUGUAUCUGAUUUCUUCAAUUUUGGUUUCAAUGAGGACAGUUGGAAACAAUACUGCAUUUCCCUGGAGAAAUUGAGAAAACGUCCUUACAUGCGUAGCAAGUCUUUAAAUCAGGAGUUCUUUAAGCAUGCUCAGGCUUGUGAAGCUGUAACUAAGCAUGAGAGAGAAGCUAAAGAGACUGUAGUUGAGGAUAGUGCUCAGGCUGGAUCUUCAAUGAAAUUUAUAGAUUUGGGAGAAAGGCUGAUGGUAUUGCCAAGAGGCAUUCAGGUUGAAGAUAGCACUGCUGAGCGCCAACCAACUAUGGAUUUAAGGCGUCCACGUACUUGGGACUCUGAUGUUGUUAUACAGAUCAAUGUGCAAGAUUCUAAUGAGAAUUGCUCUGGCUCAAACAAGGAGGACCAUAUAGAUGAUAGUGGAUAUGCAAUAUCAAGAAGCAUGAAUUUAGAUGUGAAUGAUUUAAAAGAUUCAGAUGAAUCACCUGUGAAACCUUUGGGAAAAUUAAGGUCUUCUUUAAUGAACGGGUGUAUCCAGACAAUGUCAGAGUCUAAACAAAUGCUGCUGGUUCCUGAUAAUCAUGUCAAAGAUCAAAACUUUGAUUUUGAUGGGUAUCAUGAUUGCGAAGUGAACGCCCAAACUUCAGAAGACAUUGCUGAAGUGAAGGAACCUGUGCAGAUAAUGGAGGAGGAGAAUGCCGCUAAUAAAUGCAAAUCAGAUCAAUGCCUGACAGAGACAGAUUUAUCGGUUGGAGACAGAAUUCUUUCUAGCUUGACACUAUCGUGUUCUGGAACUGAUUCUGAUUCAUCCAGAGAUAGCGUGUACAACACUCCUGAAGAGUCCGAUAGUCAUUUAAGAAGGUUAAACUCCGGCGCAGUGCAACAGGAGUUGGUUUCAACUGAUUAUGAGAGCCCUAAAAGCGAUGGUGCCAGAAGAAUACCAAUUGAUAGCCAACAUCAUUCAAAAAUUAGAAGUACCCUCUGGGAACGAAGGAGGCAUCAAAAGAGGAGACUUCAUAAAGUUGCUGAAAGGGUAACUCACCCUGAUACUGAUAAUGAUACUUCUCCCAUUUCUAGGGAUUGGUUAUCCACUGAUUUCCAUAGACAGGUAGGAAGGCUGCAUGAUUUUGCUCCUCAUAGUGAUGAGAAUUCCUCAUUGGACAGGCAGAGAAAAUUAUCUGGUUCCUACAAUGGUAAGUUUUCUGAUAACCAUGUUCACGGUGCUUGCAUAAAACAUCCUCGUAGAAAGUAUCAUCAGAGCUUUCGAGAUGUAAUGAAGGCCCAGGACAGGAGGAGCUACUGGAAUGAGGAUAAUUUGAAUGGAAGAAGUUUAAGGUUAGAUGAUAGAGAUGCCAUAAAUAGAGAUUGGGGUUCUUGUGGCAAGGGACUCUCUCCCGAGGGCACGAUCCCUUUGACUUGCAGGGAGCCCAGGAGAUUGGUUUCCAAGUAUAACAAUUUGAAAGAGAUGAACAUCCAACGGGGAAGGAACUGUGGCAAAAUCCGUUGUGGGAAGAAGACCAAUGUUGAUGCUUGUUUUCUUAACCAUAAAGAUUUGGAUGUCGGUGACUUCUCGAUGCUGCCUUUAAGUGGUAGAUCCUUUCCACCCACCAGCCAAAGAAGGGAUUCUUUGGAUGGAAAAUAUGAAGGGGAUAUUCCAUUUGUUGGGAGAGGGAAUCUAUAUGGAAGAAGAAUUCAAUUUGGUCACUGUUCCCCUACAAACUUGGAGAAUUCAUGGUCUAUGGAUCUUGAAGAUGGGCAUUGGGAGAUGGAUCGUCAGCAUUUGUCCUCUUUUCUGCACAGGAAGUUCUCUAUGGCCAAUGAAGGAAGGUGGAAGAAUAGGGUGCCACCAGGAAGCACCUCAUUUGACUCCAGAUUAACUGAAAGAUAUCGGGGACAUAGGAGAGAAGAACAUGGUGACAAAUGCAGGGACAGUCAUUGGGUUAAUAGUUACAAUGAUGUUAGUAAUGCAGAAGCUGAUGUCAUCAAUUCUGAUGAACGUUUUCAUCAGAAGAGAAAAUAUAGUUCACAAUCUGGAGUACUGAGUCGGAUGCGAGGUGAAUCGAUUUGGGGGCAACAAGAUGAUGAUUUUUAUGCCAGAAGAUCAUCAUGUUCAUAUGAAAAAUCUUCUACACAUAGAAGAAUUCAUGCUAAACUUAAAUCUGCUGAUGGUAAUUGUAUGGUUGUUGAUGAUGUCCAGUUGAAGUGGAAUAGUUACAAGAUGUUUAAAGGAGAAAGAAGUGUUGGCUUUGUUAAUAGAAACCAUAAUAUGAUGUCUAGAGGUGAACAAGGGUGGACAGCCAGGAGCUGCAGUCAUCCAGUUGACUUGAUUUUUGGGGCAGUAAAGUCCUCUAGGAGAUGUUCCGUUGCUGAAAGUUCGAUGUCCAAUGGUAUAUCUGGAAGGAUGGAUAUGAAGUUUGCUAAGGUGAAGGAUUUUAAGGAAACUCCCGUAGGAAGAGCAACCAAAAGAGGCAAUGCAAAAAUUAAAGGUAGUCAAAUUGAUGAGAGGUGGCUGGAUAAGUUUCCAGUUUCAAAGCAGGAUGGAUAUUUAGAUAUUGAGGAAGGUCAGAUUGUACCAGAAGAACCAACCAUAGGGAACAGACUGGAAGAGAAACAAGCACCUGAAACUGUAUCACUUAUGCGGAGUAUGAAAAAUGCUUUUCAUAGUGGAAAUAUGACUAACAAGAGAUAUGAUGACCAACAGAUACUGGAAUCAUUAGCAAAGAUGGAAAAACGAAGGGAGCGCUUCAAGGAUCCCAUUGCAUUUAAAAGGGAACCAGAUAAGCCCAUGAAGCCAAUUGAUUUGAUAGCUGAUGCAAUCAAAUCUAAACAAGAGAGGCCAGCCCGAAAGAGGCGGUGGGCUGACAGUUAGCUUUUUGUAAUUACAGGUAAUGUCAUUUCUUGCAUAAAUCAUUAUAUAUUAUCAGGACACUGAGGCUUCAGGUUCUCCUGGAACUUAUAGACAGGUCAGAAGAAACAAGCACUCAUUGUUACGACUAAAUAACUGACGUAUCAGGUGCAGGUCAGGUUGAAGUCAGUGUUUUCCAUAAAAGGAAUUUUGGGUACUAAUCCUUUUAAAUUGCUUUGUUCUUGCUGUAAUAAAAUUUACUGUCUGGAGAGGGGGUUGUAACUUCUCUGGUGGUUAUUAUUGUUUUGAUUUGGCUUCUGGUGGAUAGCUAUGGAAUGUCCUCCAUGAUCUUCGUUGCUUUGGCUAUUAUUUGCUAACGUUGUAAUAUUUAUCAAUGAGCUAAAUGGUUGCUGAAGGCACUCAAGCAUGAGUUUCUCU